ACAAUGAUUGAUUAUUUUUUAUUUUUUUUUCAGUUUAUUUUCCGUCAGUUCCAUUUGAUUUCAAUGCUUUUAGAAAUGUUCAUGUUCACACUUGUUCUUCCCAGUCUUCCCCCACUGAUGUCACUGGAUGAAACAGCUUGACUGAGCUUCCCAUGUCAAUCCAUAACGUGAGAAGAAGAAGCAUGAAAAAUGGGACAGUGUUUUUCUGCUAAACAGAAUCCUAGAGGGCUUGUAUUUAGUGACUUUCCUUGAGUUGACCAAGGCAGUCAUCCUUCUAGAAUGUGACCUCCGCUAUUGACGUUGCAUGCAGCUUGUGCAAUGUGUACCCUUACUGUUUGCACUGUAGGCUUAUCAUACAUCAUUUACUGAUAGCCUAGCUAGCUUAUAUAGCCUAGCCAUUGCCUUUGGUUGAAUAACUGCGGUUUGUGUGCUCUUGCAUCUGACAUUUUGCAGUAGCUCACCUUAAUGAUUAUUAUAAGGAUAUAGUUUUAUUCCGACAAGACAAAAAGUUAACAUUCCCAUCCUGUCCUUUUGCAGUCCUUUGAGGAAAUUCUCUCUCCUUUCUUUCUUUCUCUCUCCUCUCUUUCUCCCUUUCUUUAUCUCUUUCCUCUCUUUCUCUGAUGGAGGAUCUGAUUAGUGACCUCUAUUACUCUGUAUCUGCCGUCAUCACUUCAGUAUUUUCACAACAAUCAAGGAGGGGAGAAUGGAGGUGGCAAGUGGGAUUGACACGAGAUGUCUCUUUUGAGCACCUGUCAACCUAUUACAAAUCUGUGAAUAUUUAAUCAUUUGGUUACCAAAUAAUGUAUUUCCUGUAGAAGUUCCAGGCUGUUAAACAGUGAACUACACGUUUUGUUUUUGGAAUGGAUGUUUUAGUUGUUGGCCAAAGGCAAAGUGGUAGGCUACAUUCCUCUGUUCCGAAAGGUCAUUCCAGUUAGAGGUUGAUGAAAUAAUCCAGGAGUAACAUUAUGCCAAAUCAUGUUAGUGUUAAAACAACACAAUGCCCAGAGCCAAAUAAACCCUCACAUGAGCAUGUAGUUGACCAUUCAAUGCAUUCUUGUUUUUCUUCAACAUUUCAGAGUUAUUCAGUGCAGGCUCUCCUGGGGGAGUUUCACAAGUCUGGAUUAAUGAGUUAGCCAGAACUACUUCUGUCAACAUUUUGAACCAGUCAGGAGUCAUGGUACCAUGACUGCAACAUCUUUAUCCUUUAACCCGCUCCAUGCUAGCCUGAAACAAUACAGACUACUGCAUACCAUAGAAGCCUAUUAUUGAUAUCCUACUGAUGUUAUUGGAAUACAUUAGAAAACACCUUUUUGGAUGUUGUCCUCACUCAGGCCAAGGUUUGGCUAUAGGCUAGGCUAUAGGCUAGGCUACACUUAUUGUCCAUUAGUCAAUAAAUCUAUUCCCUUUGUGAAGUUCCCCUGUGGUUACAUUAUGUUGUUAAUGCACUCUAAAGCUUGAGGUUUGAAAUAGGACCAACUAGUGUUGUGAUGGUCAUGGAAUUGUGGAUGACCGUAAUUGUCUCAUUAAAAUCCACCAGCCAGGCCAUUAAGGAAGCGAUUAACUCAGUGUUCAUCAUUAGUGUUACUCAUUCAGUUUCUUUCCGUCAGCGAUGCAUUUACCUGAACAGCGAACACCUCCCUAUGCAGAAACAGCUACCUGCAGUGCAUCACUCCAAUCUGAAAAGUCACUCCUUUCUUGCACCUCGGACUCCCCCCUUGCAGAAUCUACAAGAACAGGACCAGUACAGGCAAAAAUGGUAAUAUCGUCUCUAGCUGAGAUCUGAGAGGACUAGAUGAAGAGUUUCCACCAUUUUCCUUGCCCCUAUCCAGUUGUUUCUGAUGUUCUAGGGCGAGUUCAGCCCCAGAAGGGCCCAGGUAUGGAGUGUCAUUGUCAGUUUGGACCUGAAGCUGAUGACACUGCUGUGAGUGUGUCCGUGGCCGACCUGCCAGGGGAGAGCAGAGGGGCUGGGCUUGGCAGGACAACAAUGCUGCUGAUUCAGCAGAUCCGGCUGCUGAACACCAUUUUACUUUCUCAGAGGGGAGAGAAAGGGGAGACACGGAUGCAGGAGGAGAAGCGGCAGCGGAUGGUCAGUGUUGCCGACGAAGCACACUGUGCAGUGAGCAUGUCUGCAGAUUCGUUUGGCGCCGGGGGCAGCGAUGCCCAGCAGAGCCUACAGUCGUUCUGGCCACGCGUCAUGGAAGAGAUCAGGAACCUCACGGUGAAGGAUUUCCGCGUGCAGGAGUUGCCUCUCGCCCGAAUCAAGAAAAUCAUGAAGCUGGAUGAAGAUGUGAAGAUGAUCAGUGCGGAGGCUCCAGUGCUGUUUGCCAAGGCAGCUCAGAUCUUCAUCACAGAGCUCACGCUGAGGGCCUGGAUUCACACUGAAGACAACAAGAGACGCACCUUACAGAGGAACGACAUUGCCAUGGCGAUAACGAAGUUUGACCAGUUUGACUUCCUUAUCGACAUUGUGCCCCGGGACGAGCUCAAGCCCCCCAAACGACAGGAGGAGGUGCGUCAGUCGGUGGCCCCAGCAGAGCCGGUUCAGUACUACUUCACCCUGGCUCAGCAGCCAGGCCAGGUGCAGGGCCAGCAGGCCACUGGACAACAGGCUACCACCAUCCAGCCUGGACAGAUCAUCAUCGCACAGCCACAGCAAGGACAGGUGCUGCAGGGGACCACAAUGCAACAGUUACAGCAGGUGCAGGUAGCCCAGUCACAGGGCACACCUAUCACGGGAGGCGCUCCAAUGACCAUGCAGGUGGGAGACCAGCAGGUCCAGAUAGUACAGGCGUCGUCCCAGGGCCAGACCCAGACGGUGCAGUCAGGACAGACCAUGCAGGUCAUGCAGCAGAUAAUCACCAACUCCGCAGAGAUCCAGCAGAUACCAGUGCAGCUGAACAAUGGUCAGUUGCAGUACAUUCGGCUGGCACAGCCUGUCUCUGGCACACAGGUGGUUCAGGGACAGAUCCAGACGCUGGGUAACACUCAGCAGAUUACACAGACAGAGCAAGGCCAGCAGCAAUUCAACCAGUUUACUGACGGACAGCAGUUGUAUCAGAUUCAGCAGGUGAUGCCGGCAGGACAGGACCUAAGCCAGCCGUUGUUCAUCCAGUCCACCAAUCAGACGGCUGAUGGACAGGUCACCACACAGGUCAGCACAGACUGAGGCUCUGGAAGCAUCCUCCUGACCACCAAACCAUUGACCACACCACCUGCUACCAUCCAUAAGGACAACACUGGCUCAAACGCCAAGGGACCUCCUAGGAGGCGUCCAAAAUGGUCAAAAGUAGAGCCCAAUAUAGGGUGCCAUUUGGGAUGUACCCUUACCCUCAUUCAAUACACUGGUCUAUGACAUGACACCGGUACUUAAAAGGAACUGUCUGACAACAACAGUUCUUAAUUCAGUAUACUGGGUCAUAUACCAAAGGGACUGCUCUACAACUCCCUCUCAUUCCCAUUUAAUAUCGUCUCUCUCUGCCUCCGUUAGUUCCUCCAGGCACCCACUCUCACCUGAUACGUUCCCCAAAAAAGCCCCCAUUCAUGAGAGCUACACACAGGGUAUCCGAACACUGAAUCCUCCAGGACCCAACUCUCCUCCGUUUUAGUGACCAGCUGUUCAUCCUCAAUGUCUGUAAACCCUUUAUGUAAAAACCUCCUCUGUAUAUUCUCUGUCUCUCUGUGAAGUACACCAUAUGGGUGGCUCUUGUGUUCUCUAUGGGUACGUCCCAAAUGGCUCCCUAUUCCCUAUACAAUGCACUCAUUUUGACCACGGUCCAAAGGGUUUUGGUCAAAAGUAGUGCUCUAUAUAGGGAAUAUAAUGCAUUGGGAUGCAUCCUAUGGAAGGCUUGGCCCUUGUUUUGUCUACAAGCCAAGAGAACAUAAAUCCUUUGUUUGUAAUGUUUUUAUGUGUAGACGUUUAAAAUAAUAAUCUAUAAAGCCAUACUCUUACCUAACCCAUUUAUUUCACAAUAAAUCAUUGUCAAUUGUACGAGACCAGCCAUGAUAGGUCAAUUAAGUUAUGUUAGUUUCUGGCAGGUUUUUCACAUUGACGAGACAUUGCCAUCGAUGAAAGGGCUUCUUACUGUAUGAUUGAGUUUGAAUUUUGUGUGUGUGUGUGUCAUUCAAUAUUGUGCAGUUACUGCAGUAUACUUUCCCCAUGGCCCAGUGAUCCUAUUCACCUCUUCAGUGCCCCCUCUUCUCUAUUUCCUCUUCUAUUCCCCUCCGUCUCUCCAUUCAUUUCCACUGAUCACUCUAUCAUUGUUAGAGCAGGGAGAGGUUAGGCCUUUCUGUCUCUAUGCAGUCUCUUCUUUCUCCCCUUCUCUCUUUUUCUCUCCCUUUACUGUUUCCUGUAUCCAGAGAGGUUUGUGGUUCUCCUGCCUGCUCUGAGGAAGCCUCCUGUAUAAAAACAACUCCACUGGGAGAAAGGCCUCUUUUUAUAAACUCUUAUUUUGAAAUCCUGUUGUAACUUGUCAAUGUUAAUUUGUUUUUAUGAUCACCCCUCUCCCUCCUCCCCUUUCUUAUUUAGUAAGUUUAAUUGUUAUCAUUGCUGUUCUUAUUAUUGUCGAGUUGCAUGUAGUUUAAACUGCCAGCAUGAUAUGCAAUAGAUGGGUAGACAUUCUAUUUUGUAAGCAAACUUUGGGUUUGUGAGAAAAUAAAAUGCAAAUUAAAAACAUUACAUGCAAUCUUUUUUCAA